UAACAUAAGAAGUAGCUUUUGGGUCAAGACGUAAUUCUCUUUUAUUUACUUGAUUUUCGUAACUUGCGUGUUAUUUCCGUUGUUUGCAUGCCUCACCCUGGAUUGCAUUGCUCAUCCAGGCAGGUGACUUGCUGCAGUUUUUGUGGAAGCGGAAAACCAAAACUUGCUUUUUGUGUUGUUGGAAUCACAACGAUUGAGCUGUACCCAGAAGACGCUUGGGAUUUCGUAUUUGGACAAGCAUCUCUUUAUAGGGGCUCCGUGACAAAAUGCUGGAGGGAUUCGCACGGCUGGCUGUUUGUCGGAUGCUGCUGUGCGGCCUGUUUUUCCACCUGGCGUCAAAGCGGGCUGCCGGGGCUCACAACAAGAAGCCCAACUUCAUCCUCAUCCUGGCUGAUGAUAUCGGAUGGGGUGACUUGGACGUGAACCACCCUGAGCAGCAGGCCAACAAUACACCCAAUCUUAACCUGAUGGCAGAGCAAGGAUUAAGAUUCUCAGACUUCCACUCUCCGGCCUCAACCUGCUCCCCAUCCCGCGCUUCCAUCCUGACCGGCCGCUACGGACUCCGGAACGGGGUCACUCACAAUUUUGCCGUGAGCUCCGUGGGUGGUCUGCCUCUGUCCGAAGUCACCUUGCCGCAGCUCCUACAGAAGGCGGGUUACUAUACCGCCAUGAUCGGGAAAUGGCAUCUCGGCCAUAAUGGACCAUAUGGCCCAACUAAAAGAGGUUUCGACUACUACUUGGGAAUUCCCUUCAGCAAUGAUAUGGGAUGCACCGACAACCCUGGAUAUGAUAUUCCCCAGUGCCUCGGUUGUGACUCUUCUGGAGCGCAAAUCAUGAGAUUGCGGGGGAGUGAGCGCCAACAGACGGACUGCUAUUCCAAAGUGGGCCUUCCUCUGAUGGAAAACAGCCGCGUUGUGGAGCAGCCGCUCAACCUGUGGAAUCUUACGCGACAGUACCGCUCUGCCGCGCUGAGAACGAUGCGCGAGGCGAGAGAGCGAGGACAGCCCUUUUUUCUCUACAUAGCGCUAGCUCACAUGCACGUACCCUUGGCCCCGCCGCUCGCGUCCGACGCCACCCCUUCGCCACCUCACAGCCGAGCGUACGCUGCAAGCCUGCAAGAAAUGGAUCGCCUGGUGGGGUCCAUCCGGAGUGCCUCAAACAAAGAUGAUACGCUCAUCUGGUUCACUGGUGACAACGGUCCCUGGGAGAAGAAGUGCCAGUAUGCGGGAAGUACAGGACCAUUCAAAGGAAAAUGGCAGACCAAAAGAGGUGGGAGUUCAGCUAAGAAGACCACUUGGGAAGGAGGCCACCGAGUGCCGUCGGUGGCCUGCUGGCCCGGUGUGAUCCCUGCAAACACGACUAGUGCCGCCUUGCUCAGCGGGAUGGACAUUUUCCCCACGCUGCUCUCCCUGGCGGGGGUGACGCCACCUUCUGACCGGCGCUACGAUGGCACAGAUGUUACAAGCGUCCUCCUCGGCGGUGAACAGACUGGCCACAAGGUGCUCUUCCAUCCUAAUAGUGGCGCCGCGGGGCGGUUUGGUGAUUUGCAGGCAGUGCGAGCUGGGAAAUACAAAGCUUUCUACAUGACAGGUAGGUGGCACGCACGUCUCCUAUUUCGCCACAGUUUGUCAGCACGGGCAUCGCGCCAUGUUUGUGUUUCUUCUGUCACGCAAUUGCGUUCAUUCUGCUUGAAUGGGGAUAUCUGCAUCAUUAUGUGCUGGACAAUUGCGCAAAAAAUGAGCGUUCAAGGAUGGCACAAAACUGCUGAGCAAGAAAUGAAC